CAGAAUUCUUCUUCUUCCUGAUCUCCUCAAAGUAAUGCUUCUUAGCUUUGGGAUUCUUUGAGCCAGUUGCUCAGUGUCCAUAUGUACUGACAGCAUUAGAGUGCAUUCAGCCAAAUUGCUCAGUGGCAAUUUUAAUUGAUUGUGUCACAUUUUAUUCUCCACAAAAAAAGAAAAAAAAAGUAGUUUUGUAUGUUUUUUUGUCCUCUUAAUUAUAUUUUUUAAGUGUUAAAAAUAGAAAGAAUAAAAAGGAAAAUGAAAGGAGAAGUCGACAGUUAAUACUGUUGGCGACGGGAAGUGGCGAAGAGGUGACUGUUUCGCUCCACCACCAGCUUAAGUAUCUUAUCGUGAUUCCUUCCUUCGCGGAUAAGGCCCGAUCACAGCCGUCCGUUGUGUGAAUAACCAGCGAAGAGGGAGAGGGGAGAACAGAGAGCGAGGUUGGAUCGGAGAGUCUCGAUCGAGAUGGCGCAUGCAAGGCGGCAGACGGGGACGGUGAUCUGGUUCAGCGGCGCCAAGGGCUUUGGCUUCAUCGCGCCAGACGGCGGCGGCGAGGAUCUCUUCGUCCACCAGAGCGCCAUCCGGGCCGAGGGAUUCCGGGCGUUGUCGGAGGGUGACGCCGUCGAGUUCUCCGUGGAUCAGGCCGAUGACGGCCGGAGCAAGGCCGUGGACGUCACCGGGCCCAAUGGGGCGGCCAUCUUCCUCGGCGGCGGCGGAAGGGGUGGUUCCGGCGGCAGGGGUAGGGCCGGGGGCGGCGGGUAUGGGUAUGGAGGUGGCUAUGGGGGUAGUGGGUAUGGGAGAGGGUGGAGGAGUGGUGGAAGAGGUGGAAGGAUGGGCGGUGGCGGCGGCGGCGGCGGUGGUUAUGGUGGGGCCGGUGGUGGCGGAUAUGGUGGUGGUGGUGGUGGUGGUGUUGGGCCUUGUUACAACUGCGGGAGAAAUGGGCAUCUAGCUAGGGAUUGCAGACAAGGAGGAGGAAGUGGUGGAGGAGGCGGUGGAGGGGGAGGGAAGUACGGCGGUUAUGGUGGUGGUGGUGGUGCUGCUGCUGGUGGAGGAGGAGGUGGAUGUUACAAUUGUGGAGAGCAUGGCCAUUUUGCAAGGGAUUGCCCCAACGUCAAUUGAUGGAUGGCUUCAUGCACCCACAAAAAAGGGAAAAAUAAGAAAAAGAAUGGUUCUUGUUCUCCUAAUUGAUGGAAAUGAUGACAAGUAGCAUUAAACUAAAGCAUAAAUGUUUCCAGAAUGAACUGGCAAAUUAUUCGAUGCCGUUGCUUCUGUGAAACUUGCCCCACAAACACUGGUGAGAGAAUAUGAAGUCUGAUAGCUUAAUCAACAUAUAAGCUUCUCCUCUCUGUCUUCCCUUGGUGAUUAAAGGGGAAGCCAAGAAAUACUUACUCUGAUCCAUAUCCAGCUGAAGGGAAUAAUUUGUGUGCAGUAACUUGUGCUUAUAUAUACAGUGGAGAAACUGUGGAUUGCCCUUUCUAUGCUGUAAGGAACAUCUUCCAAGCAGAAGCUUUGGUUAAGAGAUCAUGCUGAAGAAUAUGGCCUUAACCUCAAAAGGCUACUCAAUACAUUUUUAUUCUUUAUGGAUUAUAUAAAUUUCAAGUAACUGUUCUGUUUUAUAUGUUAUUAGCUGCAAGAUUGAAGACUUCUUGUUUGGUAUUUUGGUGGUGUUGACUGCAACAUUAUUGUCUUCCUUUAUAUGAA